AUGAUUGUCAAUCAGUGCUCAGAACGACGGUAUCUUCGGAUUCGAGGAUACAGUAAUCGGGAUGAGAUCAAAGUACACGUAAUGCCCAGCAAAGAAGUACUAUCGCUAGGAGUUGGACGAGAUAUCCAGGUGGAAGUGUCAAUGAAGGAAGACAUGCCAAAUUGUUCAUUUUUUGGUGCCGAUCCUGUCAAGGAACCGAAUCAGGAUAUGUUCGAGACGGUAGGAGUCUUUUAUCAUAUAGCCGUUGGUGGUAAAAAUGGGACCUCAUUGGCUACUGUACUCGAACCAGACAGUAAGCCUUUCUUCUUCAAACACAACCGUUUUUCAAAAUGCCUAUUCAAUAAUGACUUUAAGCUCUAUAUCGAUCAACUGAUGAUCGAUAUCGAGUGGGAAGAAUAUGACGUAUUACCGUUUUUAGUGAAAUCUGGAGAUUUGGAAAAUUCCGACGUAGUUCUGUGCCAGGUAAGAGCUUUCUUGUUUUCACCGACUUCUUUUUACUGA